AAUCUUCAGCUUCCCAUUUUCAUAGUGCCUAUAUAUUCCUCAGAGACCUUCAAUGCCCUCCCUUUCUCUCUCAAACUUCUGUUUCUCUCUCUAGAAAUACACAUUUUUUAAUCUCGUACUCAUCUGUUUGAUAACUGAAUUUGCAUUUGGUAAUCAAAUAAUCACCAUUGAAAGAACAAACAAAAAGAUUGGAGGGGGCAUAUAUGGAGAGGAGGUUGAACAUGCCCUCUGUUCUUAUUCUUACAGUGCCUCCUCUCAGAUCUUAAUUUUCUUCAAGAUUUGGCAUCUGGGUUUUCAUUAAUCUGUGGGUGUGCUUAAUUCUGGGUCCAGUAUUUGAUCGGUGAAGGAUCGGAUGUUUCAAAAUUGAAUCCAGGAAUACUUGUUUUGAGUCGUAUUACAAUCUGUGUUUGUAAUAUUUCAAAAGAAGAGAAAAUGCAAUCCGAUAGUGGUAAGUUGUUUAUUGGCGGCAUAUCGUGGGACACAAAUGAAGAGCGUCUGAAAGAGUAUUUCAGCAGUUUUGGGGAGGUGGUAGAAGCGGUGAUCAUGAAGGAUCGGACCACCGGCCGUGCUCGUGGUUUUGGUUUUGUAGUUUUUGCAGACCCAGCUGUUGCGGACAGUGUCAUAAUGGAGAAGCACAACAUUGAUGGGAGGAUGGUUGAAGCAAAAAAGGCUGUUCCCAGGGAUGACCAGAAUAUUUUGGGUAGAACCAGUGGCAGCAUCCAUGGUUCUCCAGGUCCAGGUCGCACAAGAAAGAUUUUUGUUGGAGGUUUAGCAUCCACUGUCACGGAGAGUGACUUCAAGAAGUACUUUGAACAGUUUGGGACAAUCACAGAUGUUGUGGUGAUGUAUGAUCACAACACUCAGAGGCCAAGAGGCUUUGGAUUUAUUACUUAUGAUUCAGAAGAGGCAGUGGACAAGGUUUUGCUUAAGACAUUUCAUGAACUGAAUGGGAAGAUGGUUGAAGUCAAGCGUGCAGUUCCUAAAGAGUUAUCACCUGGUCCCAGUCGCAGCCCUCUUGGAGGAUACAACUGUGGUCUGAGUAGGGUUAAUAGCUUCCUGAAUGGCUACACACAGGGGUAUAAUCCUAGUACAGUUGGAGGCUAUGGACUUGGUAGAUUCAGUCCAGUUGCAAGUGGUCGAAGUGGGUUUCCUCCAUUUGCUUCUGGUUAUGGAAUGGGUAUGAAUUAUGAGCCAGGGUUGAGCCCAGGUUUUGGAGGAAAUGCAAAUUUUAAUAGUAAUAUCAGCUACGGACGGGGGUUGAGUCCUUAUUAUGUCAAUAAUUCUAAUAGGUUUAGCAGUCCCAUUGGGUAUGAUGGUGGUAACGGAGGAAACACAUCUUCUUUUUUCAGUUCUGUGACUCGGAAUUUGUGGGCAAAUGGGGGGCUUAAUUACGGAACAAACUCCACAGGUUCCAGUGCUUACAAUGGAUCUGGAAGUGGGAGCAUUGGAGGAAGUACAUUUGGAAACACUGGAGUUAAUUGGCGUUCUUCGGCAAUUUCAGCUCAAGGUGGGGGAAAUAAUGUUCCGAACAAUAGUGGGAGUCUUGGUUAUGGAGCUGGUGAUAACAGUUAUGGUUUGGGAAGCGGAGGGUAUGGAAGAAACAAUGGAACAAGUGUGACCGCGACAUCCUCAUUUGCUGCAUCAAAUGGUGGUUUUGAUGGGGCAUUCGCUGACUUUUACACUAGUGGUUCAGUUUAUGGAGAUCCCACUUGGCGUUCAUCAAAUUCCGAGCGAGAUGGGCCUGGUCCCUUUGGUUAUGGGCUCGGUGGUGCAGCUUCUGAUGUUUCAGCUAAAAGUUCUCCUGGUUAUGUCGGUGGUUAUAGUGUUAAUAAGAGACAGCCAAAUACAGGAAUUGCUGCCUAGGAUCAUCAUUUCUGAUAUCACGACAUUGUAGGUGAAGAUAAUCUGGUGAAGCAGGUGAAAUGUGAAUUUUGCACACCACCCUCAUUUAUAUAUCUCAGUAAAAGAAAUUUGGUUAGUAAGAGCUAACUGGGAGUGCCUGUUUUGGAAGAGUUAAAGUUAGAGUUAGAAGUUAAAAUGGAUUUUGUGUUAAUGCUUUUGAGUUUUGAGUUACCAUUUUAGGUUUUUUUGUUUUGGUCUUUGAGUGAGAUGUAAAAUCAGAUUGCGGGAUAUAGUCAGAAGUGUAUCAUGCAUCUCCGGUGAGGCGGCGAUACCCAAAAGAAAAAAGAAAAGAACCAAAAAAACAAAAAGAGAUAGACUGAUAUAUAUUUUUUUCCCUUUAGAAUUUUAUCUGUAAAAUCUCUUGGCCAAGUUGUGGGUUCUCGUCAGGGAUUUUUUUUUUUUUUUUUUUUCAUUCUUUUGCCCCAUCAUUUGGUUUGUUUUUAUUGUACCUGAGAUUAAUGUUGAUUUACUAGUGUGAAACAUUUUAAGGGCUACCCAUCUAGGGACCCCAUGAAUAAGUAAUCGCAUAUUCUGAUUCUUA